UAUAUAUAUAUAAGAUAUAUGUGUAUAUUUUUAUACCCCUCCAGAACAGAUAGUGAUCGGUUUCCUUUCGUCCAGAUCUUUCCGUCUCUCCGGUAAACCCAAACGAUGUCGUACGCAUACCUUUUCAAGUAUAUCAUCAUCGGGGACACUGGAGUUGGAAAAUCAUGUCUUCUUUUGCAAUUUACUGACAAACGGUUUCAACCUGUACAUGAUUUGACCAUUGGUGUCGAAUUUGGUGCUAGAAUGAUUACAAUAGACAACAAGCCAAUAAAACUGCAGAUUUGGGACACGGCUGGUCAAGAAUCUUUUAGAUCUAUUACAAGGUCUUAUUAUCGUGGUGCUGCUGGUGCACUACUUGUUUAUGAUAUUACAAGGAGGGAAACUUUUAAUCACCUAGCUAGUUGGUUAGAAGAUGCAAGACAGCAUGCAAAUGCAAACAUGACCAUAAUGCUGAUUGGAAACAAGUGUGAUCUUGCUCAUAGAAGAGCUGUAAGCACAGAGGAAGGUGAACAGUUUGCCAAGGAACAUGGUUUGAUAUUUAUGGAGGCUUCUGCCAAAACAGCACAGAAUGUGGAGGAGGCAUUUAUCAGAACAUCUUCAACAAUAUAUAAGAAAAUACAGGAUGGAGUAUUUGACAUUUCAAAUGAGUCGUAUGGAAUAAAAGUGGGGUAUGGGGGCAUCCCGGGGCCCUCAGGCGGAAGAGAUGGAGGUGCUGCUCAAGGCGGGGGUUGCUGCAGUUGAAAACAGGAAUCGGAUUGUUUGGUCACUGUUUAUUUGUGGUCUCAUACUUCUUUGGUUUGAUUGUUGAGAGCUUGCGUUUGAAUUGUUUGUCUGUUUGUGUCUAAUUAUAUUAUGAUGUCUGGAUACAAAAAUUGCAUCAGUACAUAUGAACUCCUUCCUCCUCACAGUACUGUCACAGGUGCUGUAUUAUUUAACGCUAUCAAAUGUGAAUAGAGUGUUUUGAAAUGGUGAUUA